GUGGGACAGACGACACCGCUUUCCCGCACGGCUCUGAAUUAUAAAAACGCCUACCACCGUAUGUUGUUGUUGUUAUGCGAAACGUUAGCUCGUGUUAGCUAAGUUUCAAUGCAUCAUGGUGAAGUGAGGGUUUGCUGUGACAGCAGGCGGUGACAUGCGAGCUGCUGCUCUGAAUUCAGCCUCAACACACGGUAUCUGAGUCUACACGUAAUUUAACGUUAAGUUGUGCUAUUUAUUUCUGGUAAGAGUGGGGGCUGGUAGUGGAUCCUGCUAGCUAACAGAACGUUAACGUGGUUGUAAACUAGCUAACGUUAGUUGCCAGACCUUCCUGGCCGAUAGACGGGUUUAGCUUAAGUUUAGCUUCGGGUAUUUUAAAUGUCUAACUCCACCGAAAUGACCCUGCCGCCUGACUGGGACGACGACGAGCGGAUGAAUUUUAUGUUCUCCGACUUCAAGGAGAACCGAGAUGUCAACACGACGGACUGGGACAGUAAGAUGGACUUCUGGACGGCUCUGGUCGUAAAGAGCUGCAGGGACCGCGGCACCGUGUGUGUCAAUCUGCAGGAGCUCAACAAGACCUUUAGGAGGAAGGAGAAAUCACCGCUGGGCUUGGCGACUGUCCUCCAGUCCAUGGCCAGAUGUGGGAAGAUCCAGAGGGAAUCAGAGUUUGCUGCCAAUGUGGACUGUGGCUGGCUGUCCUGGGGUGUCGGCCUGCUUCUGGUGAAGCCUCUGAAAUGGACCUUUUCCACUCUGCUGGGAAGCGGCCGAGUCCCUUUGGAGGAGUCCUUUGUUGUCAUUGAACUAGUGAAGGAGAAAGCAACAGAAUUACUCAGGGUCUACAGGAGCAGUGAAUUUGCAAGCCGCUCCAUCCUGUCAUUUCAAGAGCUCUGUGCUCUCUCCUCUGAUGUCUGUGUUGAUGAGAGCACCAUGUGCAUGGCUCUCCUGCAGCUGCAGAGAGACAAACAAGUGAUGGUUUCAUUGCACGAAGGCGAGAAGAUUGUUAAAUUUAGUCAGCCUGGGCAGGACCGCGUCUCUACAGUUAGUGAUGUGGAUAUUGGCAUCUACCAGCUGCAGCGCAGUGAGAAGCUGCUUGGAGAACGGGUGGAGAAACUGGGUCUGGAAGCUGACAAGUGCAGAGAGGAGGCAAAGCUUCUGCUGUCGGAAGGGAAAAAAUCACAGGCUCUGAGGUGUUUGAGAGGCCGCAAGAGGGUAGAAAAGAGAGCAGACAACUUGUUUGCCAAACUGGAGACCAUCAGAGGAAUCCUGGACAGAAUAGCCCAGUCACAGACUGAUAAGAUGGUUAUGCAAGCAUAUCAGGCUGGAGUGUCUGCCCUCAGACUCUCUCUUAAGGAUGUGACUGUGGAACGUGCUGAGAACCUUGUGGAUCAAAUUCAGGAGUUAUGUGACACCCAAGAUGAGGUGAAUCAGACUAUAUCCACUGGUGUGACCGGCGCAGAUGAAGACAUAGAUGAGUUGGAGGAAGAACUGAAAUCUUUGUUGGACGAGUCAAAGCCAGAUUCUAUCUCAGGUUUACCUGAAGUUCCGACAAAACCUCUGCGACCCUCCCGGGAGCCGAGCCUCCCAGGUAACGACCUGCUCACCUCUCUCCCGGCUGUACCUUACAGCCACUUGAAUGUUACUGAUGAGCAGCUGGAGGAGGAAUUGAAUCAGUUAACACUUACAGAUUCAGGCUAUCAACAGAAGAAAAUGACAUCGCCUGCCAAGAGAUUAGAGCCUGCACAGUGAUGGUGUCAGCAAAACAUGGCAAGUUUCUGCAUAAACAUAUCAACAAAAACAGUGUCACUGAAAACUUUUCUGUGAAACAGAACUCAUAGAAGUUAAAUAAAUGUUCUAAAUGAGCAAUCGCUAAAUCAUAAUUCUCAACGUUGUAAAGUAAGUAUCAGGAUGAGAACAAGGCACUUUCCUUCAUUUAAUGAAAAUAAGAAUGCCUUUACUGUGGAGGCGUGCCAAAAAUAUUUUUAACGAUUAUUUUUCUUUCAUACAUUAACAAUAAAUUAAAUUUCGUAAAUUUUAACUUGAGAGCUUUCAGAUCUGCUCUAUCAACAAAUAUCUGAAGGAUCUCAAGUGAAAAGUGAAGAUUUUAAAAUGUUUUUUGGUGUGCCGCCGCCACCACCAGGAAUGCUUUUAAUUUUGUGGUAUUUUUGACAAGAUAAAGAGAAAAGCUGUAUUUGUGGUUUAUUGUGUGUUUAUUGAUGUUUGUAAAAUGUCCCCCUUUGACAGUCCUGUAAAGUGUAUUAAGUGGCCUUCUGAACUGUAAAAAUCAACUUUAAGUAAACAGAAUAUUAUGCCAAAUGAUUUAUGACAACCAUAAGUAUAUUUAGCCUCACUGCAACACAUCUGUUAGAAGUGAGAAGCCUACCUGAAGUGAGUUUAACCAAAUAUGUUUCACAAAAUAAA